AUAGUCUGCGGACUGAUGAUGUCAGUUUAUGGGCUGUAGGAGUUUCUCUGUAUCAACCAUGUGUGCCGAUCUUGUGUGAGCAGGCCUACUGCUGGCAGUCAGCAGGGCAGGCAGAGGAGAGGAGGGGAGGAAAAGUGUGUUUACACAGACGGCAAACUGCCUGGGGAAUCGUAGGGGAGAGGAAGUCAGCCGGCUCUGUGUCUGCCUGCUCCAACUUCCUGCUCAGAAAAAGAAAAAGCCCAGGAUCCUAUUUCAGUCCAGCACAACUGUGUAGACCAGAAGUAAGCAUGGAAAAACAAGGAAUCACACAAGCCUCGCCGUAAAGUUUCGCGGAGGGAAAAGACAAAGUCAGAGAUCGCAGGUAUGGACAGUGCCAUAACCCUGUGGCAGUUCCUGCUCCAGCUGCUGCUCGACCAGAGUCACAAGCACCUGAUAUGUUGGACGUCCACAGACGGCGAGUUCAAGCUCCUGAAGUCAGAGGAAGUGGCCAAGCUUUGGGGGCUGCGCAAGAACAAGACCAACAUGAACUAUGACAAGCUGAGCAGAGCCCUGCGCUACUACUAUGACAAGAACAUCAUCAAGAAAGUGAUUGGGCAGAAGUUUGUCUAUAAGUUUGUGUCCUUUCCUGAGAUCCUGAAGAUGGACCCGCAGGCGGUGGAGAUGGGCCUGGCUUCUGGACGGUUUCCCCUCCAGGAAGGAGAGGCCCCUGAGCUGGAGGUAGAGGAGGAGGAGGAGGAGGAAGGAGAGGAGGAGGCACAGAGGAGGACCCUGGCAGCCCUGGGGGCGCAGCAGUGUCGUAACGACUACCUCCGCUCGGGUCUCUACUCCUCCUUCAGCAUCAGCUCCCUGCAGAACCAGUCGGAGCUGCUCCGUGCCCUGAGGGAGCGCCAGGAGGAGCCACGCUCCGUCAUCCGCUUUGGCACCAACGCCAACGAGAGGAGCUCCCCUCCCUCUGCCAAACCUGAGUCGUACAUCUCUCCCAGGCCGUCCAGACUCCCUUCUCAUUCCCACUCCCCGCCGUCCCCCAACACCCAGCCUGGCAGAAGCUGGAGCCCUGCUGCCAAAGAGGAGGAGGAGGAGGAGGACUCUGACCCGAGCGCUCAGCCCCUCAACCUCUCCUCUGGACACAGGGAGCGAGCCCUGCAGCCUCCGGAGAAGAGAAGCAGCAGCAGUGGUAGAAGUAGUUCUGUUAGUAGUAGUAGUAAUCAAGGAGAUGGACUCCCACCAAAAAGCAAAAAGCCCAAAGCUCUGGAGAUCUCCGCCCCAUCCCUGCUGCUGGCAGGGAGCGACAUCGGCUCCAUUGCCCUCAACAGCCCAGCACUCCCGUCUGGCUCCCUCACUCCUGCCUUCUUCGCUGCACAGUUGGCGUUCCAAGUGCUCGAGGACCCCUCUCCUCUCCCCCCUGCCCCAAUCAACAACAACCCCCACGUCCACCUCCUCUCCUCCCCACGUCACCCCUGUAUUCUGGGGGAAAAACCACAGACUUCCUUCCUGCUCCGUCAGUUUGUUUUUCCAAACGCCAAUACACGUCCAUUUACCAUUUCAGCAUGUUUCACAUUACCUAAGCCCUCAGAGUAUUACUCUCCAACCAGUGGGUCUCUGUUUGUCUUAAAAAAAUGUUGUCUUCAAUGGUUUCUCUUUAUUUACACGAAGCCUCCCUCUCUCUCUUCCCCUGUCCCCCCCGCCAACAGACUCCCUCUGUUCCCCAGCCUAAUCAACGGACACAUGCCUGUCCCUCUGCCAGCCCUGGAAGGAACACCCUCCUCCCUGCUCCUGUCCCCCACCACCCACAAAUCAUGA